AUGAGAGCCGUCGUCUGCCCCCGCGCCCCCAUCGCGCCCUCCGAGCUCGUGUAUACCACGAACCACCCCGCGCCCCAGCCGAAACAGGGGCACGUCCUCAUCCGCGUAAAGGCCUACGGCCUGAACCGCUCGGAGCUGUUCACGCGGCAGGGCCUCUCGCCCGGGAUCCAGUUCCCGCGCGUGUUGGGCAUCGAAUGCGUCGGCGUCGUUAAGGAUCCCGGCGGAGAUUCGCAGUGGAAGGAGGGAGACACCGUUGCGGCGUGCAUGGGCGGGAUGGGCCGCCAGUUUGAUGGGGGGUACGCGGAAUAUGCGCUGGUGCCGCAUACGUCUGUCUCGCCGCCCGUGAAGCUGCCGGCUAGCAUGGCGUGGGCCGAGUUCGCGGCGAUCCCGGAGACGUUCGCCACUGCUUGGGGCACGUUGAGCGAGUCGCUACACCUCCAGCCCAACGACACGCUACUGAUCCGCGGAGGAACCACCAGCGUUGGUCUCGCUUGCGCCGCACUCGCCAAGUCGUCGCUCUUCGGGUCAGACAACAAGCCCACGGUGAUCUCCACGACACGCGCGGAGCGCAAGGUGCCAGCGGUCAAGGCCGCCGGCGCAGACGUCGUCCUGCUUGAUAAGGAGAACACAGUGAGUGUGAAGGUGAAACAGGCGACCGCGGGCAAGGGCGCAACCAAGUGCAUCGAGCUUGUCGGCGGAACGACGAUCGUGGACUCGUGCCAGAGUCUGAGCGACAACGGCGUGCUAUCGUUUGUCGGUUGCGUGUCGGGAGAGUGGACAAUUAAGAACUUCGACCCGAUGCAGGCGUUGGCGCCGUGGAAGGCAAGUAGACGUCUUGCGCAUAUGACGAUGUGCUCGUCGGGCUACCUGAACAUCUCUAAAAUUCCGCUGCAGUGGAUGGUCGACGCUGUCGCCUCUGGCGAGCUGAAGCCAAGCCUGGACAAGGUAUUCAAGAUGGAGGAGACUGGCGUCGCGCACGCAUACAUGGAGGCAAACUCUGCCGCGGGGAAAGUCGUUUGUGUCGUGGAUUAG